GUAGUUUUAGGUAAAUUUAAAGCGAUGAUUAAAAAUUUAGGUAAAAGAAACGAGUAUUUGUAAUGGCAAGUCUCUAAACGUCAGGUGUUCUGUUUUUGCGGGUAUGAAUGGUCCACCUGCACACCAGAGCCUGCACAUGGUCUUUUGUUGCCAAGUUUAUAUUGUUAGACCAUUGUAAAAAAGCCUUUUAUUUUAAUUGCUUUUGAUUUUAAAGCGUCGUGCAAGUUUUUUGUGCAACUGAGGCAGGUAAAUCCUUAAUAUUUUACUAAAUUUUAGAUACAGUAUAUAUAUUUAUUAUGUACAUGCAUGCUAUUUGCCUAAUUUGAUAUAUUUUCAUGCACUAUUUUAUUUCUUUACAUUAUUAUACUUUAUAAACCACAGAGCUACUGUCUUUUAUAUUCCAACAGGUGCAAGUAUUAAAACUUUGAAUGAUGGAGGUUUAUCACUAUAUUUUUGGAUUUACAAUAUUUUUAUUUGGCAUCGCUCUGUCGCAGUCCGACAAGCCAAGUGGAUUGUCACAAGGUACAGUUUUGGAACCUCAAAACAAUUCUUAUAUACUAUUGUUUACAUCUAUGGAUGAACAGUCACAGAUAUAAACAUUGUAUAUUUGCAUGUGAAACUUUCAUGCUUGUCAAGAGCAUUUGACACAUUGACUCGAUCUGAUCAGCCAAUCAAAUUUAAUGAGCCUCGUAUUGAUUAAACAAAGUCAUUGAUAUUGUCAAAUGACCAUUUCAAGCAUAAUGUUUCUUGUGGGCAUGGACAACGUUUCCAUCCAUGACUGUUUAUCCUUUGAUAAACAGUAAUCAUAAGACCAUCUUUGUUCAUCUUGUGUCUAUAGCUAGAUUCAUAAGCAUUUUUUUUUGGUUUUCAGGUGUUUAUUGUGAGGGAUGCAUUGCAACAGUUAAAGGUACAAGCAAUGGUGUAACUCCUUUGGGUGCCACCUGACUCAAGUGAUGGGGCCCGGACAAUUAGGGGGGGAGGGGAGGGUGCUAAGCAAGGAUGACAAAGUGGUGAAGUUGAUAUAGCAAAUUUUGCAGCAAUAUACAAAUUCUCAUUGAAAUGCAUUAUAUACAAUAUAACUAUUUGUCUAGAUCUGUUAUUCCAUAAAAAAUUAUUCUUUCUAUUUAAUAAUUUUAAUGAAAUCUCGAUCAUUCUCAGAAUUAUUAAAGAAAGUGAGCAAGAACACGGGCGAAAGUCGGGAAGUCAAAGUGAUUGAAGCUAUGGAAGAUAUUUGUAAUCUUCAGAAUUUUGGAAGUUAUGAAUAUUCACCUCCAAAAACUGGCCAGGCUUGUAAAUUUCUCAUGGGUAAGUAUUUGCACAACUGCAGUUCAAUUACUGCAAUAUGUAGUUGUCUGAUUAUAAAUUCAUGUGAGAAGAGUGCUUCCAGUUUGACUCUACCAAACACCACAGGCUAAUUCCAGGACUUCAGUUUUCUUGUGUGGUAAUACUGGACCAGUAAGGAAUGGUGUCUCUAGUGGACCACUAGAAUUAAAUCUUAAAUACUUCAACCCAUUCAACACAAGCACUCACCCCUUGAUGAGUAAAAUUGUCUGGUAUUAGACAGAGUAAAAUAAUGAAGUAGGGUGCAUCGCCAUUUAAAGGGUUAAACCUAAUAUUAUCACCUUUCAAACUAGAAAAUUACGAUGAGGAGAUCGAAAACACAUUAGUUGGUGAAUCGGGAGAUUUUGAACAAAAAAUUUGUUACAAGUUGACGGAGGCAUGCGAGGGUGUGGACCGUACCAAGAAAGAGAAAGAGGAGCUUGAGGUCAACAUUAACGACGAGAAACAAAAGCUACAGACUGGAAGUGCAAAGAAAGAGCCGGAACCGUAUCAUGUCAACAUUAACGAGGAAGGUGCUGCUGCAAAGUUGGUGAAUCAAAUAAAUAUGGCAAUCAAGGAUAAGAAGAAUAAUGGUGAUGGUGGUGAUGAUGAUGGCGAUGAUGGUGAUGAAGAUGAUGGUGGUGAUGAUGAUGAUGGUGAUGAAGAUGGUGCGGAUGGUGACAAGGAUGGUGAUGGUGAUAAUGAAAUAGAUGAAGAUGCAGAUAUGGAUAAUGUUGAUGGUGAUGAUAUUGAAAAUCUUACUGAUAAUUUAAAGGAUGGUAAAACAGAACUCUAAUCUAGUCUGCCUUAUUAAACUCUGACUAUUAAAAAGAAAUUCUUAGCCUGCUAUUGUUUUACACUUGAUACAAAAGGUGGAUUAUGAAUCUUACUGAUAAAUUGACUGAACUCUGAGAUGAGGCAUUAUCCUCAGUCAGCUCUCUAAAAGUGGCCGGUACAAUAAACACUGCAAGAAAUGUUCCCCAAAACCAUAAACUUAAGUAAAAACAUGAAAGUAUUUAAUUGAAAUUAUUAUUAAAAUUGGCAUAAAAAUACAAAAUGUCUGAUUAUAAAUUAAUUAAUAAAUAUAUACUUAUUCAAAAGUUGUUCUGGAUAUGUUUUUAGUUAGGUUUGUCUGUGCAUGCGUGCAACAUCGUGGAUUUUGGUUUCGACACAGUUUUGGAGCGGCACAUCUGCAAAGGGAGAAUAGGUACCAGUCUUGCAAGGACUGGCUAAUGUCUUGUGAACCAUGUUCAUAUAAGUAGGUUUGGCCGACUUUCCCAAAAAUCAUCUUUGAUAAUGUCUACAUGUAGCAUGACCACUUGUGGGUAGACACGAACGGUAGUUGAAUCACCUUUAGAUUUUGAAACCAUCUUUUCUGCCUGAUCAAAGUAAUAAUAUAAAUGAAAAUUUGGCGGCUUUGUUAGAAUACAGUUA